ACUUUGACAGAAGCGCAGCAACAGUACCUGUCAUUACGAUAUAUGUAAAUAAAGGCAUGUGCCAUGUGACAGCUGUGUUUGUUUAUGUUUUGAAGUUUUGCUACGCUUAGUAGUGUGGCAGGAGAAAUGGCUGACUGUAACCAGCUAGUCUCUUAUUACAGGAAAUUCCCGGGUCAUCAUGUAGAAGAAUUGUGGAAUAAAUUAAUGAAGAAAGGAGCCAAAUCUGACCAAUUACGAGAUAUUCUGUUGUUUUAUAUGUACAACUAUUUGUAUCCAACACCUCAGCAGAAGUAUUUUGACUCAUUAUUACUGAUAUUUGCUAGUAAAGGAACGUCAAAGAAAACAAAAAUUGUAGUCUUCCAAAUAAUAGAAGAGACAUGUAUGUUUCUGGAAAGCAGUAUUGCAGAAACGGUGUGCUUUUCAUCCAAUUUUUCAUCGAUGAUCGAGUUACUAAACUGCAUACUUAUCGGUGGUAUGAUACCACUUCUUGACGAAACUGCAGUAGAUAAAUUACUAAGAUUGCUAAAGGAAGAAAGUAUAAAUGACCAAGAACGAGGGAAGCUUGCCUAUUUCAUUUGUCAAACUGUGUCAAGUUAUCCAUCCUUACUUUCGGUGAACCAGGUUGCAAGCUUAUGCCAAGAUAUAAACAAAUGGCUUCAGAUAGACCAUUCAGCAUCGGCUGUGUCACCCACACAAUCAAAUCUACGGACACAGAAUCUGAAUGCUUUUGAGGUGGAUGGGACACCUGCUGGAGGGCUGCAAACAAUACUCACACUAGAUAACAGUGUGGACACAAAUCGAUCCAUGAGGCUGUAUGCAUUUUCUCUGAUAAGAGAACUGGCAGAAUGCCACACACUGCUGCAUCACCAUUUGGCUGAAGCAGUUUUCACUCAUUGUGAUAUACUAUCAGAACAGUGCUUUCGAACUGCAGCUAAAGAACAUGAUGUCUUACUUCAGAAAUCAGUUCUUUGUGAAGUGCUGGACCUACUCAGUCAACUUGUCCACAGUGAUAAACAGUGGGGUCCAAAAGCACUAGUAAUUGUGAAAAGAAUAAACAGUUACGUUACCGAAAGAUUUAAAGGGCAACAUUCUGAUGUUUCCAUCCUUAUAAGAGCCCUAAAUUUCCUUUUAAAUAUAGGUGAGACAAUGGGAUAUAACUCUUAUCACAUCAGUGAGCAACUGUUUGGAGAUGCAGUGUAUCACAGCUAUUCUUCGGACAUAGCUGCUAUGGAUAUCAUGCUUUUUAUAUUAAAGAACCAAAAUAAAUUAGCUACACUUGAACAAAAUAUGUUGAAAAAAUACUUUCCUAAUCUGCUUAAACUUAUUGCUUGUCAUCCUCAUCUUGUCGUAGAAGAGUUUUUAGAAAUAAUCCCCACAUUUGUUGUAUCUGCAACUGUUGUUGAGCUUCUGCACAGCCUGUUGGAUCUGCCAGUUCUUGCUGCAAGCUUGUUACUGCAUCAGGUACCCGCUGUGUUGCCCACAGAACAGAGCAGUAAUAGUUGCUGGGCAAGUCUUGUGGUUGAUGUACGAUCUGCAGCUUUCCGAUCUACCUUUAGUUAUCUCUUAAGACAACAGAGCCAGAAAGGUCAACUCCCUGGAAGGUUAGGCGCAUACAUCGAUUUGCUUGGAGAACUGGCAACACAGUCUCUUGUUAUAACCUGCAGUCAGAUUGUGCCACUUCUGUUAGACAAGUUUUUCUCGGCCCUCAUGCUUCAAGGUGAUGCUGAUGCUGCAGCUGAUGUUUUAUGUGCUCUUCUUACCAGACUAACACUUCUAUUCAAAGUUCCUGGAUACACCGAUUCAGUUCAUAAGUGUUUAUGGCAUCAGGUCAAAUACAUCUUCAAGGAAUUCCCAAAGCUUGUGUUACUGAAACAUUCUGAGCUCAGUGAUUACAUUUCUAUUCUUAAUAACAGAAGCAUCUGCCCAGAAGUGUAUACUCAUCUUGUCUGGGCCAUUGGAGAGUACACAUCAGCACAACAAUGUGGUGACCUAUGUAAACUUGAUGUCAUUCUAAAAUACUACGAGACCCUGGAGUGUGUUCUGUACGAGAUUCUAAUGUCACUGAACUCAGAACCAAAUAUGGACUUGAAAUUAUUAAACAUCACCUGUUCUUCACUUGCUAAGUUAUCAAGUAGAUCAGAAGAUCUUAUUCCUCGAGCUCUUCUGUCCCCUGAGUAAGGUAAAGACAAACAUUGCAGUGAGUUUGUUAAAAAGUAGUAGCGAGAAGCAGAUAGUAAUACAGCGUGUGGAAGAACUUACUUCUCUUCUAAAUCAACCAAGCAUUGCUCGUGCUGUGUUGUCAGCAUCGCACGAUGGUAGCCAAGCAAUGAGUGCAGCUGUGCGAGUCCUGGCUCAAUUCAUGGAAUAGUGAUCUGCAUAUAGAGACUGAUGGCUUCUUAUUUUAUAUUUUACCUGUAGAUGUCUAUGUUGUUUCAUGUAGGAUUAAUAGCAGAUUCCAUACUUUUGUUUUGUAUAUAUUCAUUAAAAUGAUUUAUUAAAAUUAAAGGACAAUUAAUGGAAUUAUUGUAUUAAAUAAAGUUAAUGUAAAUAUUUGUAUGUUAAUAAAUUUUGUAGAAUGAUUUUAA